AAAUAAAAAUGGCUGCAGCUGGUUGGUAGUGAUUAUGCUAGUGUAUAAAAAAAUCUUUAGCAAAACUUGGGGUCAUCGUUGUUAAAAUUUAUAUCUACUCCAUUAACCAUGAAUAAAAUGGAUUCCACUCUUACUGGUAUGUGGGUGAGUUUCUUCACGGCCGCCGGGAUCCCGUCGGACGUGUCGGCGUCGUACGCGCUGACGUUCGCGGAGAACCGCAUCCAGAACGACAUGCUGCUGGACCUCAACAAGGAGUAUCUGAGGGACAUGGGCAUUACUAGGAUGGGGGAUGUCAUUGCUAUACUGCGGCACGCAAAGCAAGUGCAUGAGAGCCUGGCGCGUGACAAGGUGCUCGGCAGCACUGUCAAUGUGGUCCCCGUGGCUGCCAUCACUGGUCGAGCCACCAUCACACAGAACAAGCCUGCUUCCCCCGCGAGCCGCAUAUUGGAGCACUACACGCGCAACACCCGGGAGGCGGCCGUCUCGCCCACGCACCAGAAGAAGCGCAAGAGCGACGAAGGCAUAGAGACAGUAGACGUAAAGAAAUCUCGUCUCAUCAGAUUCGGAUCACCGCAACCCGCCGCCAAAGAAGUUACACAAACGAAAACGGUGUUUGCAAGACUUGGACAGAGCGACGGAGCCGGGGCGAGACCCACACUCGUCAAACCUACCGCUGUAGCCGCUAAAGAUGUCAAACCUAUCUUCGCCCGCCUCGGUUCCAAAGAUGACUCCCAACCAAUCAUGCCUGUACAAAAAGAUGCUCUCAAAUAUGAGGGUAUACUGAAAAGCCCACCCGCUGCGAAAACUGUAACUAUCACUACCACUAAGAACAGCGUUCGGAGAAUUGCUUGCACGAUGAGAGCUGAUGAGCAACCAAUCAGUGUCAAAGAAAAACUAGCCGUGCCGAAAUCUAAAUCAGUAAAGUUCUCAAAUCAUGUGGAAUAUAAAGAAAUAGAAGCGGUAAAGAGUGUACAAGCCAGACUUGUGCAGAAAACUCAGCCGAAGCAGACGGUUUUCAACAAGCCGGAGAGGCGGUUAUCAAUGCCCGCAGUUGACAAUUCUAGUGUCAAGGCUCGCUUGGGUGCGAAGAAUGUUGCCAGCCCAGCACCAGUCAAGAAUAAUAAUAUAAUGAUAACUAAGAAUGUGUUUAAGAGGCUUGGUGUGUAAUAGUAAUAGUGUGGUAUUCAUGGAACUUGGUGCUAAGAGUUAUUUGAUUGAAGUGAAGUUUGGUUUGUAGAGAGACAUCGCGGUUGCGGCACUGUCAAUUUUAUAGGGAUGAAAACUUGCAGUGUAAGAUUUUCAUCUAUUCUGAUUUACGUGAAUGUGGCACAUACUACAAGUUUUAAAGUAUGAUAUUUCUAUCAAAAAAAGUGCUCCUUUGAUAUUGUUUAAUCUCAGUUUAUAUGUUUGUGAUGAUAUGUGACGUUUUGAAUCAAAAGAUACCCCAUUGCCGGUUGUCAAUAAGGUUGAUUUCAAAUUGAAGCCAUAUGGAAAGAGCCUUGUAGACAAUCGAUAAUAAGUACCCUUCUGAUUGAGAAUGGCACAUAUCUUCUUCAUCAUACUCAAGGUGACCAAUUUGUAACCUUUAAUUUUCAGUUUACGAGUUUAAUAGGUACGAAAACUAAUUGCAAUUUUAAACUGGUCAGAUUAGACGUUGAAAUUGUACCGUCUAGAUAUUUUGUUUUGUGAAAAUUUACGUAAGCUACGUAAUUUACGUAUAAAUAUAAUUUCUAGGACAAAUUUCCUAGCUAGUCUUUGUGAUAAAAUAAGUUAAUUUAUGUUUUGCAUUUGUGUAUUUUUUUUUAUAAUUUAGGGUAUUAUAGUUUAAGUUUUAAUUUCUAUUGACUAUCAUAUCAAAUCUUUGAAUUUUAAUUUCCACAAUUUUCAAAGAAUUUUCUGCUAAGUUUUUUUUUUAUCUAAUGGGACUAGGGUUGCCAGAUCGCAAGGCGCUAUUAUCGGGAAACAAUAUCAAUUUUUCGGGAUUUUGGGACUUAAGUCGGGAAAAAAAUACAUUCAAAUUAAAGUUAGCGAUGGGCGAGUCGAGUUAUCUGAUUCGAAUAAUCCGAAUCAACCUACAGAUGAGUUGAUUCGAAUCAAGACUAUUGGCAAUCCGAAUCAACUCGGCCACUAAACUGACUGGUAACUUGGUAUCCGAUCCGCUGACUCGGCGAAUGAAUCGCCAAUUCACCAACUCUCCGAGCCGAGUCAACGCUACGCUAAGGCCAUUCAAAAAUAAACCUUAAUUCGAUACCCCGAAGGUUCUUUUUACAACAACUGCCGCUUGAUUCGCCAUCCCGAGUCGAGUUCACUGGUAGUAUGGCCAUUGAAAAAUAAACCUUAAUUCGGUGUCCUGAAGGUUCUGUUUACAACAAAUGCCGCUUGACUCGUUUGCGGCUCCGCGGCCCGUGACCUUGUCGCGAACCACGCAAACCGUCGAGUCGAGUCAGUUCGAAUUUCAACUCGGAUCAGUGGCCAAAUCGAUUCGAAUGAUUCGAAUCGAAAAAAAGUGGACUCGUCACAUCGCUAAUUAAAGUAAUUGUAUUAAAAACAACGAUAUUUUACAUUAUUGGCACUCGUCAGCUCGCUCGCUCGACGACAGUUCGGAACUUGAAAUUGUUGUUUUAUAACGUGAAGCUGUUUUUCGGGACAGUUUACACUUUGUCGGGAAUCGGGAACACAUGCUAAAAAUCGGGAGAAUCCCGCCUAAUCCCGACCAUCUGGCAACCCUAAAUGGGACACUAUUACAUACAUGUACAAUUUGAAUCUCCUUAUAAAAUGUCGUAAAUGUACAUAUUUAUUACUUCAUUGAAUCAGGUAUUCCAGAGAAAAAUGUUUUAGUUUUAUUGCUACCGAUAAAGAGGAGAUAUUUGUUUUAUGUAUAAGUAUUGCUUUUAAUUUGUAAACUUAAAUAUAGAUACAAACUAAAUAUGUCAGAAAUAACUACCUACUAAAUCCCGUCCCGGGCUGCCCCCGACGCAAAGGUGCCCAUCAAACUUGCUGCGUUGGAUUGCGAUGUAAAUUUGUAAACCAUGUUUAUAUGUGGAUUUCCAUCGGAGAAGGGUCCUUAUGCUUUAUGUGCAUAAUCCACAUAUCUGUAAAUAGUUUCCUUAAAACGAGGUAUGAAUUAAAGUUCUAUUUAGUUUUAUAUUUUUGCUAUAGUUGUUUGAUAAUUAUUGUGGGUAAUAAUAAUAAUGUACCCUUAACAUUUCAGUUAAUUUCUCAGGGUUAGAACUGCUUUGUCUAGGUUAGUUUUUCUUUAUAACAAAUGUAAAAAUAAAAACCAUCAGCACAUCAGAAGAAUCAGAAGUGUCGUGUCGUGAAAUUUUUAGGUGUUGAAUCCGUUUUCGGACUCGAGUAGGUAAAAUUAUGGAAGUUUCAAUACAAAUUAAACACAGAUUAUUGUUUUAAACGUCUGAUAUUAUGUUAGUCAAAAUAAAAACCCUUACAGACUUUGUUAGAUUAUUUAAAAAAAUGCAGAAUUAUGCGAAAGUGGAACAUUGAGUCAAACAAGUUACCAAAUACCUAUUACCCGUAUUUGUUAGGAAAGUUGUAAAUAUCGACUUCUACAAUUUUAUUGUACAAGUUCGUAACCAGCUAUCGGCUGCCGUUUAUUACAAUUUUACAUUAGUAAGUACUAAAUUGGAAAUGUACAGCUACUAUAAUGUUUGACAUAGGAGGUUAAAUGUAAGGUUUACUGAAAGGACAUUUUGUAUUUUGUAAAUACAUAGUUUGAUUCUCAAUAAAUUAACACAAUGUUA